AUGAGGUCUACAAACUGUACGAAGGAUGGAAUGUUGUCAUGCCUAGAGGAUUCUACGCGAAAACUGCUUUAUCUGGCGGUUGUACAAAGAGGUCAAACAAAUGUUUCUCCACUAGAUGGAAAAGGAAUGAGGAAAGGAGGCCUGGCAGAAAAGAGAAACCGUUGCUCUUGGUUCGCAGGCGGCCCAGAGCAGAAGACGGCGGAGAGGCCGCUAGAUAAGAGAGGCUGCUGGCUGCUGGGCCGCUGGCGGUUGGAGCAGAUAGGACACGGGCUAAAGGCUAUCUGUCGAGAUGAUGGAACGACUUUAAGACGACUAGUCUUGUUAGAUACGGUGCAGAAAUCAGUCAACUGUGAAUUUAAAGACCGUAACCGAUCGGAUUGUAUUAACUACAGCUCCUCGGAAAUAGCUGCCAUUGCACCAACCGCUAGGGUAAGAAGGGAAGUCUCGUGA